AUGACAAAAUGGAAUGAAAUUCUUCUGUUGUCAAUUAUUUUGUUGUUGAGCAUAGUUUCUGCAUUCAAGCUACAAAAUCAAGUGGACAGUCGUAUUCUUGCCUAUCUACGUCAUGGUGCGUCAAAUUAUCGGCCAGGUGUUACUGCAUCAAACAAUGAAGAAUUUGCACAGUCGCUUUUCGACAAUCAAUUUAGCAUAAAUGUUCGUAAUGCCGUCCUUCAAACACAGUUUUUUCAAAAGAUGAUAAACAACACCCUUCAGCCAGAAGAAUAUGGCGGUUACAUGGUCCAAGACGCUGCGUAUGUGUUUGAUGCCAUAUAUGCAUUUCAAAUAGCUGCUAAGAAAAGUCAAGCAAGCGAUAGUUUACCUCGUGAUUUUGCGUUGUUCUGUCGUGGCAGGGCAGAAAGUUUCACAAGUUACUAUAGUUACUUUAGCUCGGAGUGGAAACUCAGAAAUUCCAAAAGCGUCAUAAUGGGUCCAGCUGCUGCAACUUAUGUAGCAUUUGAAAUGAAACUGGCCAAAACUGACGCCAAGUUUCUAAGUAUUGGUAUACUACCAUGUGACAUGUUGUGGCCUUGGGUAGCUCGGGAGCUGAGCAAUUUGGUCGGUGAAUCAAAUGUUUAUCGUUCGUGGGUUGAUGAUAAUUACUCUGAAGAAGGAUCUUCAUCUAGCACUCAGGAUUUCGUCAACAAAUUUUUUACUGAAGAUGACAGAGCAAUUAGCCAAGAAAUCUUUAACGAAGGCAUGAUCAAUGAGCUUAAUUUCUUUCGCUCUGCUUGUGGUGAAGAUCCAGUAGAUUACGACUUUGGUGACUCUCCACAAGCAUGAGAGAUUUUCGCUUUUGAACUUUUUGUUAGUUAUCUUGUUCUAGCUGUUUUGACGUAGCGUGUACGUAGCUACUAGAUGAAAUUGGUCGAACUUUUUAAAUAAACACCAAAAUAAACUUCACGCA